AUGCCCGAGCGCGCGUCGAGGCGCGCGCGGGUGACCGCGGACGAUCCCUACGCCUUCGACGCGAUCGCGCGGGCGAAGGCGUACUUUGACGACGUCGAUGCGGCGGCGUUACCGAGCGAGAGCGACGACGACGACGACGACGACGGACGACGACGGACGACGACGACGACGACGACGCGCAGAGGGGUCGGUGUGAGCGUGUUCGCGCGGGGGGGGUCGGUGCGGGCGACGGCGCGAGCGAUGGACGCGACGGGCGCGAGGACGACGGCGGCGGAUGGGACGGCGGACGGCGGCGCGGCGCGGACGCGAGACGACGACGUCGUCGUCGUGGACGACGCCGUGGACGCGGUGCGACCGGCGGAGGAUUUGUUCGAUGAAGUGGCGGUGGCGUCGCCGCGUGGGAAGCGAGGGACGCGGGAACUGACGACGCUCGCGCGUUCGGGGGCGAAGAAGCGGAGAGAGGCGGAGACGGCGCGCGCGGAGGCGGAGACGGCGACGACGACGACGACGGAUGCGCGCGAGAGUGACGCGAUGACGAUUCGACGAGAGACGUCGACGUCUACCGCGGUGGUGUCGGGCGCGGUUCCGACGGUGAAGAAGAGAGUUACCCUCGGCGAAUUCGUGGGCGAGGAGGAGAAGAAGGAUCUGGAGUACGACGACGACGACGCUGACCGUCUCAUGCCGCAAUCGGGCGCGCAGUUGGCCGACAUAGAUGAAGCGAACUAUGCGAUUUCUGGUUUGUCCUCGGCUCGGGACUUCAAGGAAAAGAUUCGAAGCGUCGGCGUCUUGGUCGAUCUUUUGAGCAAUCAGCGGACGCGUCGACUCAUGGCGUCGUACGGUUUACCGUCGAAAAUCAUCCAAGCGACUCAAGAGGUCGCCGUACUACCGAACGCGCCGAAGACGCUACUCUUUGGGUGCGCGGCGAUUUUUUACCUAUGCGGUGACUCGGAGCUUCGAAAGCCCGCGAGCGGAUCGAUGCUCAACGUAAAGUUGGCGAAGGCGAUUCGAGCGCUCCUUCGCGCAUCCAACGCGAGCGGUGAGGCGAUACACGUCAAGACGAAUAGUGCGAUUCGGGCGUGCUUGAAAACGCUCAAGUUUUUACCUCAUGAAGCGAAGGAUGAGAAGACGCUCGCUUUGCUCAUAGCGCACCAGGCGCUCAGGGCUGAACAGGACGCGUUGCUCGCCUCGGGGUCGGGGCCGGGAUCGGCUACUGAUGACAAUUCGUUCAGAGAGAUCAUGGCCAGGCAAGGAGCGGUGUUGGCGACGUGCGAACUCGUCGCUCAGGCAACGAAGACACUGCAACGAUUCGGUGAUGCGUAUUUCGCCUCGACUGCCCCGCGCGUGUAUGAUGAUGAAGACGAGGACAACAACGACGUCACGGACGACGCGGCGGAGCAAGACGCCGCUCGCGCCAUCGCGCGAUUAUUCAGAUGCUCGCGCGUCCUCGAGUGUGCAAGCUUUGAGUCGCGCGAGUCGUGCGAUAUCAUUUCGGUGGCGACACUCGUGGGAACGUCGAAGAGUGCUGAGGCACCGAGCCUACAGCUCAUCCCCCUUUCGAGCGCUCGAGUCACGGCGAACACGUCGGCUCCGAGCGCGGCGCCGAUCGACAUUCCGAUGUCACCAUCUCCCGUCAAAUCGCGCGUUCCGGGUGGAAUAACGAUGACACCGCCAAGUUCGGUGCGACGUGGCGGUUUCGCAAAAAGUAUCACCGUGGAUGGCGGCGGCGAUGACGACGACGAUGACGACGCGAUGAUCAUCCCCUCUUCGCCGCUUUCGCCGCCGAUAGUCGGUAACGUCGGAAGAGGUGCGGCGAUUCAGUGGCUCGCCGAUAACGUGCAGACGCCCGUUAAGGGGAGCUCGCCAAGAGCCAGAACCGCGGUUCGAGCGCUCGUGGACGUGAUCCCGACGCUCGCGGCGAUGACCACGGCGAGCGUCAUCGGGAGUAAAAGAGGCGAUACGAUUGCGAACACGCUUCGCGUUCGUUACAACGGCGCGAUCGCGAUCGACCAUCGAGUCGCCGUGGGCGCGUUGAAAGCGGUUCUUUCUACGCUCACAAACGUGACGAAUGAAAACGAGGAGGGUGCCGGCGCGGUGGUCGGUGACGACCAUCAAGGGCUCCUUCAAAUCGCAAGUCUCGUGCCUUGGCUCGCGCUCACGAUUGAGGGGUUCACCCUGCGCGACGGCCGCGAUCGUAAGAGAACGCGCGUGCCCGCAGACGAUUCGGGCUCGUCCCUCUUGAACGCGACGCUCGUACUCCUGGUCAACAUCGUCGAGGCCGACGCCGAGUCAGCGACGACGCUUCAAAACUGUUCGGUGAAGCUUCCCGGGUCGUCGGAGACUUUGAUUUCCUUCGUCGACGCGCUCGCGGUGCUGUACCUGCAAGCGGUCAACGCCGAGGAAGCGAACGAUGAGGCCGAGGCCGAGGCCACGCACGUCACCGCGGAGAUGAUCAAAUCCAUGUCGUCCAAGAAUACGGGCGAGGACCUGAUUCUCCAGGCCUACAGUGGUUUGCUCCUCGCGUUUCUGAUCGAGGGUCAGCCCGCGCUUCGCGCCGACGUCGUCUCGAGGUUCGCUUCGACUUUACACCAGGGCAAUGGCGAACCGAGACUCAAACCCCUCGCCGACACCCUCGAGCGAUUCCACGCCUUUCACGAGAGCGUGAACACGCUCUCGGCGAAAUCUAGCGAGCGCCUCGAACGCGUGGUCAAGUGGUUGCGAUGA